GCUAAUUCGAAGAAGAAAGUAAAAGGUUCUCAGACUUCUUUUCUCGACGCCUCCGUCCACAAGACCACAACAACCAACGAACGUUGGCACCAGUGAGGCCGUCAUCAUAAUUCUCCGUUUUUCCCCACCAGGCAUCACUGCCCAGCAGCCCCUCCCUUCCAUCGCACAGCCCCUGUGGACUGAAUUCGUUUGACUCAAAACUGCUUCCUCUUCCAGCUCGAUACAGAGCUCCAUAAUCAUCUACAAGUGUGAUUAACGUGAAAAAUGGCUACAAAAGGUGGAAGGAAGAAUCUGAAGAGGGCUGUUAAUGAUGAGACAUUGACUCUACAACCAGGCCAAAGCAUUAUGCAAGUUGUUUCUCUUCGAGGCUCCAAUCUAAUUGAGAUAAUUGAUGCCAAAGGAGACAAAGCUUUGGCGAUUUUCCCAGCUAAAUUUCAGAAAAGCAUGUGGAUAAAACGAGGUAGUUUUGUGGUGGUUGAUGAUAGCGGGAGAGAAGAGGCUGUUGAGUCUGGAAGGAAAGUGGCUUGUGUUGUUAUUCAAGUUCUUUUCCAUGAACAAGUUAGAGCAUUACAAAAGUCUCCAGAAUGGCCAGAAAUCUUUAAAUCAGCCAUAGUGGAGAAAAACCCUUCAACCACACAGGAAAAUGAGGAGGUAGAGUCUAGUGAAGAUGAUGGGCUACCCCCAUUGGAAGCCAAUACAAACAGAAGACCUGUAGAACUUGGGUCAGAUACAGAGUCAGAUUCUGAAAGAGAAGAUUCUUAACACAGGGUAAGGUUAUGGGAGAGCCACCAAAGUCGAACAUUGCAUUUUUAGAGUUUUAACAUUACAAAUUCUUCUAUACAAAUGUGGUCCAUUGGUAUAAAAAGAAAUUAAAAAAAUAAUGCUUGAUAAGCUCCAAUUCAUUUGACCGAUUGUUGUCUUC